AUGAAAGUCGAAACGAGCAAGGACGUGUUUACUCAAAAACAACUCGAGCAUUUGGAAAAUGAGUUCAACAACCAGCAACACAUGGUUGGUAUUGUAAGACGGGCACUUGCUAAAAAGAUCAGACUCACAGAUGCGCAAGUAAAAGUUUGGUUCCAAAACAGAAGAAUCAAGUACAGGAAUGACAACAAGCUUCAGCCUAAAGAAGAAACCAACAAACUAGAUACUCUCAAACGACAAGCAAUAGGAGAAUCCUACGAUUCCUCGUGUGAAAUGAAAUUAAAGUUUCAUCGUUACUUAUCCAUUGUUUGUACAUAUUUAUUUCUCAAAAGUUAA